AUUCCACUUCCUGCAUUGCAUGUUAUUUGCCAAAUACAAGAAGUGGCACGGAUUGACAUGUUAGUUCAAGGAUUGGUACCAAACUACCUUUAGCCUACCCCUAGCUAACUUCACUGGAUAAUCUGCGAGAAGCUUUUGGAUUCUAAUGCUAGUGUUUGUAAAAGUGAGCAUUGAAAGGCUUACUGUACAAAUGUAUUACCAGCGCUGACUGGGUGCAUUUUAGUAGAGGGUGUGGCUCUUCCUACAGGUAUGAGUUGAAGAUUUGAGGGGGAGGUGCAUAUGAAAGUAGUGAGGCGAAGAUGGCGUCAGGAAAGAAGGGAGGAAACAACAGCCUCGCAAAAGGUUUGAAUGGAAGGCGCUCGUCAAAACAUAAAGAGGGGCCAAUAGAGACGGACGAGGACAGAAACAUGAACCUAGAUGCGGUGAUGGACACCAAGUCUCUGUUUGCGGCCUUGUACAGUGUGUGUGAGGAGAAUGCAACAUUCUUCUCAGGAGGUCCCAACGGACCUCAGGGGGAUGCAGCGCUGAGAAUGGUGGACACCAUGAUGCUGAUCCAGGAGCAUGCCCACAGCUUGGAGCCUGUUGUCUCUGGUUUUGCUGCCGUUUACCACCACUUUGAUUUCGACCCACACAUACCAGCCAAUGGAUACCGCUCCCUAGUCAAGGUUGUCCGCUGCUGCAUACUCCACAUCAUCCACAAAGGGCGUUACAUCACCACUAACCGUCGCAGCAUCUUCUUCCGGGCAGCCCACAAUGCAAGGGAGAUGGAGGCCUACUGCUCAGCUCUGUGUCAGCUGAGAGCCCUGCUCUACCUGGCCCAGCGCCUGCUACAUGACAACAGCCACGGGAACCUCUUCUUCCACGAGGAGAGCGGCCUUAGCCAGAGCUUCGUCCGAGAGUACUCCUCUAUGCACAAGGGCUGCUUUUAUGGACGGUGUCUUGGAUUCCAGUUCACUCCGGCUAUCCGGCCUUGUCUGCAGACCAUAGCCAUUGGCCUGGUGGCCUUUGGGGAGAACUAUAGACCUCACCAGUCAGGCAUAGUGGAGGAAGGACGUAUUGCACCGUAUGGUGUAGCAGCCAGCUCCUUCUUUACCUCAGGGAAGUAUGCCAUCGACCCAGAGUUGAGGGGGGCCGAGUUUGAACGCAUUACUCAGAACCUGGAUGUCCACUUUUGGAAGGCCUUCUGGAACAUCACAGAGACCGAGGUUCUAUCGGGUCUGGCCAGCAUGACGUCUACCCAGGUGAAGGUGAACCGUGCCAUCUCCGUGCCCCCAGUGCCCUUUGACCUCCCGCUGGUUGCAGACCCCCACCUCACGGUGACCAUUGCGGUGCCGUCGGCCCACACCGGCCCCGGCCCUGUGCAGAUGAGGCUCAUCUCUUACGAGCUAAGAGAGGGACAGGACAGUGAAGCGUUGCUGUCCCUGUCUCGCUCUGAGGGGGGUGCUGUCUCCCUGUCCCUGGGAAUGAAGACCAAGCGGAGCCCCCCAUCCCGCUGGCUGGUGGUGCACUACCAUGGAGGAGGCUUUGUAGCACAGACCUCCAAAUCCCAUGAGCCAUACCUGAAGAGCUGGUCCCAGGAACUGGGUGUGCCCAUUCUGUCUGUGGACUACUCCCUGGCCCCCGAGGCCCCCUUUCCCAGGGCUCUGGAGGAGUGCUUCUACGCCUACUGCUGGGCCAUAAAGAACCACCAGCUACUGGGUUGGACGGGGGAGAAUGUGUGUUUGGCUGGUGACAGUGCCGGUGGUAACCUGUGUAUUACAACGUCAAUGCGCGCUGCCUCUCACGGUGUGAGGAUGCCCGAUGGCGUCGUAGCCGCCUACCCUGCGAUCCUGCUCACCGCCUAUGCCUCGCCCUCCCGCCUCCUCACCCUCUUCGACCCGCUGCUGCCCCUUAGCGUGCUCACUAGGUGCCUCAGCGCCUACGCAGGUGAGGAGGCCCAGGCGGAGAAGCAGGUGGAGAAGGUGAGUACUCUGAGCAUGGUGAGGAGAGACACGGCCAGUCUGCUCACGCACAUCAAACAGGGAGCCUCCAACUGGAUCCACUCCCUGCUGGACCCCACCCGAGCCGACACCACCAACCUGGCAACCACCGAUGUGUCUUCGUCAGUGAGGAAGAGUGUGUCUGAGGCAUCCAUCGUCUCUCCCCACUCGGACCCACCUGUUCCCCCGGAGCAGGCGUCUGGUUUCUCCCUGAGGAAGGAGCCUCUGAAGAGUCAUACCUGUCAGGACCUGGCCUCUCACGCCAACAGCACCCCUGCAUCCCCCUCCUCCGCCCACGACGCAAUGGUGUUCCCUGAAUGCACGCCUGAAGAGGUGAGCUUCUUCUUGUCCGAAGAGGAGGAGGUGUUCAUAUCCGAGGCCCUUUCCUCUGUGGCUAUCCCUCCCCCUGAGGGGGAGGAGGGUGUGGAGCUGGAGCACCCAAGGGAGUUCCCCCUGGGUUUCGAGCCACUGCGCUCUGAGAAGCUGGCAGAGAUGAAGCUGGCCACCUCGCCUGUCGUCAGGAAUCCCUACAUGUCUCCUCUACUGGCCCCUGACAACAUGCUUAGAGGACUGCCCCCCAUACACCUAGUGGCAUGUGCUUUGGACCCCAUGCUGGAUGAUUCUGUGAUGUUUGCGAAGCGUCUGAGGAACGUCAACCAGCCUGUUACCCUGUGUGUGGUGGAUGACCUUCCCCACGGUUUCCUCAGCCUAUCACAGCUCUCCAGGGAGACCAGGGAGGCGGCUAACGUAUGUGUCAACCGAAUCAAGGAUGUUUUCAGCCAGCAGGACUCACCCCCGGAGCCACGCAAGCAUCGCAAGCUAGAAAGGACCAAUCAUUGUGCUUCCUUCUCCACCACCGGAGACCCAGAGAAGCUCUUUGAAUCACCCGUUCCAGACAAGGAGCUGCUGGUUGUCGGGGGAGGUGCUACAUUUCUAGAUGGGGAGGGGUUAGUUGACGUAGCCACACAGAACAAUGUAGAUGUUGUGGGUUAAAAGCAUAAUUUAGGGGUUUGCUAGAUUGAGUGCAAUUUGUUAAAGGAUAUGAAAGAGAAUACGAUGGGGAUUUGGGCUGUAUAAAGCCCUGGAGAGAUGAGAUGAGUAGAGGGGAGUAAAACAGCAGUAGGAGGAGAGUAUGCAAAAAAAUAGUUGGUAGCGAGCCUAGUUUUAGAGAAACAGAAUGAUGCACUGAUGGGCAGAGCGAAGGAUGACAAGAACCACAUGCAACCUCUUCAGCUUUCAAACUCUGAAUUGCUGCUUGAUGCACAAUGCAUAUGGACAAGUUACCCAGACUGGCUGAGAACACAACACACACUAAACCACUUUGCCUUUUGGCGUUGUUGAGGAAGAACUGUGAGUUUGGAAACUGGACAUACAAAGCUGAACAGAGCAUUGUGGAGACGCGUGUUGAAUGGCCAAUACAUCUCCCUAAAGAAGGCCAUUCCAGACUCUAAUCAGAUUGUGGUAGACACUAUGAGCUCCUACAUAGUGCCAUCACAGUUUAAUAGCCACUUGUCCUUUAGGGAGCCACUCCAAAUCAAGCUUAAUAACUAUCUCUGAGGUCUAUUACACUAGUUUGUCAAGGAAUUACGGCCCAAUUUUAGGACACAUAGUCUGUUGAUUUGUCCAUCAAUAGGACGCUAUAGCACUAAAUCAACAGACUUUGAAAUGGGGAGAAUUGGGUCAUUCCUGGAUAUUACAUGCACAUUGUUAACUAUAUUUUAUAUUAUUAUACCAUAGUCAUACGUAUUAUUUUAUUUCUAACCAUAAUUAUAACUGUGUUUGACUUUCCUUAAAAGGAUAUUGUGAGGUAAAUGUUAUGUUUGUUCUUGGCUGUGUGGUACAUAGCCUGCUCUGUCACUGCUGAUUUCUCCUUGCUGAAAUAGCCCUCUAUUCUGGUCUUUAAGUAAUUCUGAUGUGUUGUUACCAGCCAAUCGUAUAAAUGGCUGAUGCAAUCUUUUAGCUGCAUUUCAGUGUUCAGAGCACUCAACAGUUAGUCCAGCUGUGAUAUGAUGCUUGGAUUUAGUGCACGAUUGGAAGCAGGCAAGUUUAGCCAUAAUCUUUUUUAUCAGAAUUUUAUCAUUUUUAUUGACGCGCAGUAAUUGUCUAUGAUUUUAAUAGACUCUUGAGUUCAGCCAUUUUUCGUUGCCAUCUUAAAGUAAUUACCAGUUGUCGAUAGACUAGCUGCUAUGAUUUGCACAGUGAAUAACUUGAAUAGGAAAGACUGAUGCACUGCCAUACUCUAUACUAAAUGUGCAUAUCAAUGCCAAAUGUAGCCCUCUAUCCCAGAAUGCAGUGCGUCACAGCACCACAGAGCCUGAGCCAGGGGACGUCCAGCUUGCUGACCCAUUUCUGAGGACUGACAAACUGUAUUUUACACUAUAGUUACCCCAUUCAACUGCUUAGGGACUAAUGCUACUACUACGUCAGACUCUGAUGUCUGAUAUUUGAUAAAUCAGGGUUGUCUUAACAAUCUCGCUUAUUGACAAUGACUGAAUUGCCUUUGAGUGAAGAUGAUGUCCCUUUGUCAUUGAGAGGUGUCGUCCCCCACCAACCUCCUAACUAAAUAUAGAAUCCAAAAGUCCCCUUCUGUGCAGCGCCUCCGUGUGUGCCCAUUACAGGCCUGCGUUGCCAGAUCAUGCGACAGUUAUGCUGGUUGACAAAGACAUUUUGCCAGCUAAGACUGCUAAAACUGGAUGUAAGAUCCUUUCAGAAAGAACGUUUAAUUCAUCAGAUGGUUAGGAUCUAGUACUGCCAUUCCUGUUUGCUCUCAAUGCGUAUUGCAGCAUUUGUAGGCAAAAGCAUGUAAUGAAGAGAACUUGAGGGAAUAUUCUCAAGUAUGUUUACUGGUUGCUGGUUAUCAGAUCACAAGUCAUCUUUUAAAAUCUUGAGGUGUGCCGUGUCUCUGUCAGCAUGUAUCUGCAGUUAAUGCAUCCUGUCUGUCUGUGUGUGUCUGUCUGUCAGGUUGUCUGUCUCUGUGGUUAGUGUGUGUAUCUGUGUGUCCUUCUGGGUUUGUGUGGAUGUUAUUUCAGUUAGGUUGUCUGUCUCUGUGGUUAGUGUAUGUAUCUGUGUGUCCUUCUGGGUUUGUGUGGACGUUAUUUGGCUGAUUCUGUGGAUUUAUCGUGCGGAAAAUCAAAUGUUGUUUGUGGUGUGUAAUGCCGAUGGUGUGUAUUUUCUUUUUAACUGCAGCAAUAUAUAGUAAAGCUGCAUGUGGCUGUUGCGUUUAACUGCAGCAGUAUAUAGUAAAGCUGCGUGUGGCUGUUGCGUUCCAAGCUCCUGAAUCUCAGCACUAUUGAUUGGCCUAGCCAGCUUGAUAUCCGAUUUAACCCUUCAAAUAUUGUCAGCCAUACGUUGCUUCACUGAAUUAAAAGGUGUUUGAUGAGUGAGGUUCUCACACUGGACCGACCAAGCAUAUUGAGGUGUAUUACCCUGGCCUCACCACUGUCAGAGUAGACCUCCAAACCCCCCAGGCAUUCCAGACCAGCUCCAGAUCCCAUGGGAAGCCCUGAGGGACUCCUAAAGACCACCACCGCCCUCUGUUGAGCAAGGCUAGUACAGUGCUCCACAGCCAUGCCGCCAAUGGAAUGCAAUGGUGGGUUAGGGUGGUUCAUAACCCAGUAACUGUUAUUUGGGUUGUGGCUUGGACCAGGUCUUGGUCAGAACUGUUGGUCUGAGAGUUCAGAAUAGCACAGAUGUCCUGGCCUGUACAUUGUCAUUGUUGUAGCCGGGAGUUCAUGUCACAAUUGCGAUGUGCCGUGGGUUCCUGCAAAGGGAGGGCAAAUUGGCUGAGCACCUUUCGGCUAUUUUGGGUUCUGGGUAGUAUGUUACACGGUCACAGUGUGUUGUUGUGCAUUACAUAAUUAGGGUCAAGUAGUGUGGGGUAAAUGAAGGUGGCUUUGUGUUUGAUUAUACAGAAUACCUCAUGCCUUUCCCUCAUGUAGUGACUGUUUAGACUGGCAGUCUUUAGCUCUGGGCUAAGCUGAAGAAUGCAGUGAGCAAGUCUAAUAGUAUGUUAACAUACAAUCAAAAACCUGUUGGGAUCAAGUAUCCUGUCAAGUAGUAUCAUACAAACAGCUAUGCAAUGACACACCCUUCAGUAGAUCUAGUGUUUAGUUAUCAGUAUCAGUUUUCCCAUAUACCCCUGUUUGUCAUGCAUCUCCUGGGAACCCCCACUCAGUUUUGUUGUAGCCCUGAACCAGCUCACCGGUGUCAAGAAGCCAAGGCCUUGAUAAUUAGUUACGUUGAUUCAGGUGUGCUAGCUCUGGGAUACAUCUAACACAUGAAACGGCUGGGGGUCCUUGGGAGAGGUUUGAGAACCACUGCAGUGUAUAAUUCUGUUAGUUGAUUUUCUAUGCUUUUGAUCAACUCAUAGGCUACAGUUAGUAUGCAAAGCUUUUUGCCAGUUACAUUUAGUUAUUAAAGCAAAUGCCAUACCACUUAAUUUACUUUCUUUCUGUUCACUUAAAACAAAAAUGUCCUUGAAUGGAUCUGACCUUGGUUUGCCUGCAUUUCAGAACUUUUUCUUUUAGAUUUUUUCCCCCAACGGAGACAGGACCAUUUGUGUGAUAAACUGCAUAUUAGAUUUAACUAAGGCUUGAAGCAAAACCAAAGAUUGCAUUUACUUUUUUAGAAUUAUAUUGAUCAUAGAAAACUGAUAAGAGAAGUGAUUGGUUUGCACAUUAUGAAACAGGACCAUGUAGUUAAUACUAGCAUCUGAAGAAAGCCAUAGAAUAACUGAAAGUAUAUCUGUUUGGUUGCUUUUUAGAUUGUAAGAGAAUCUGUAAGUUGUAAGUUUUUAUUUACUUUUUUAACACCACAAGUGCAACCAUGUGUCUAAUAAAAUGUUUUCCGGAA